CGCUGUUAGCCCCACUGUGACGUCACUUCCUGCCUGUGUCGUCGAGGAAGAAAAGAUGGCUGCCACAAUGAAGGGACCUGUCGGGGUCGAAGACGUGAACGUCACUUUUGAGGACCAGCAGAAGAUAAACAAGUUUGCCAGGAACACAAAUCGCAUGACGGAGUUGAAAAAUGAAAUCGAAUCGAAGAAGAAGUCACUGCAGAACUUGCAGGACGCCAGCGACGACCUGAUGAUGUUUGACGACGACACGCUAUUGAUCCCGUAUCAGAUCGGCGACGUCUUCAUCAGCCACACGCAGGAAGAGACGCAAGAGAUGCUGGAGGGAGCCAAGGAGGCCUUGGAGCAGGAGGUCAAAGGUCUGGAGAAUCGGGUGUCUGCCAUCCAGCAGCUGCUGGCCGACCUGAAGGUGCAGCUUUACGCCAAGUUCGGUAACAACAUCAACUUGGAGGCGGACGAAAGCUGAGGCGGGCCCGGGCUUUCUUCAGAGACCACAACAAGGACUUUAACGGAACAUUCGACAAACGGGAAGUACACUUGACCACAAAGAACCACAAGCAAAACAAAUAAAAACCGACGUCUUUUCAAACGUA